GGGGCCCCAUGAUCCCCUAUUGCCCGGGGGCCCCAUGAGUUGUCAGUCCGCCCCUGCUAAUUGAUAUAGAGCUGUCGCAUGACCCAUCUCUGUCCCAGCCUGUCUGCAGGGAAACAGUGGCAGUCAGUGCCCAUCAGUGCCACGUGCCAGUGCCCAUCAGUGCCACGUGCCAGUGCCCAUCAGUGCCACAUCAAUGCCACAUAUCAGUGCAUACCAGUGCACAUCAAUGCCACAUAUCAGUGCCCAUCUGAGCUGCCUUUCAAUGUCACCCAUCAGUGCCAGUCAGUGCCACCUAUCAAUGCCAAUCAGUGCCACCUAUCAGUGCUGCCAAUCAGUGCCACCUAUCAGUGCCAGACAGUGUCGCCUAUCAGUGCCAGUCAGUGCCGCCUAUCAGUGCCAGUCAGUGCCGCCUAACAGUGCCAGUCAGUGCCGCCUAUCAGUGCUGCCUAUCAGUGUCAUGUAUCAGUGCUGCCUUUCAGUGCCCAUCAGUGAUGCCUGUCAAUGCACAUCAGUGCAACCUACCAGUGCCUCCUCAUCAGUGCCCAUCAGUGCCACCUAUCAGUGUCCAUCAGUGCAGCCUAUCAGUGCCCAUCACUGCAGCCUCAUUAGCGCACAUCAGUGAAGGAGAAAAAUCACUUAUUUACAAAAUUGUAUAACAAAAACUAAGAAAAAUGUUUUUUUUUUCAAAAUUUUCAGUGGUUUUUGGUUUGUUUAAGAAAAAAAAA